GCGUGUGUCCAUCGUGGCCAAGGGCGGGGGUUAAAAUAUGAGAUUCUUCUCUUCGCCACGAGAAAAACUUUCCAUUUUCAACAAAAGUUGGAAAAGAGAAGAGAAAGAAUCGGAUUCAUAGAGUCAGGUGAACUAUAAUAUUUUGUUGGGAAAGAGUAUAUAAUCAGCUCAAGAUGAAGGGACGUGUACAAUGGGAUGAAGCUAAUAUAGUGGAAAUUGAAUCCAACAAACCUGUAAGGCAGAAGAUUACCGAACCAAAGACACCGUAUCACCCCAUGAUUGAUGAUGAUGGUUCUCUGUCUCCUAGAGGAAGAUCAUUUGACAACUGUGUUGAUGAAAUGCAUCGUGCGGAAGAACUAAGGAAUGGUCUGAAUGAUGUAGCUUCUUCCAGUAAAACUUUGAGCCAGAGAUCCGAGUCUGGUGGCUGGAGCUGGUCCGAGGAUGACACAGAUCCAAUGGAUGAAUAUGAAGAUUCUGAGAUUGAGAAAAAUGAAAGUUUCAAAGAGCAUAGACGGGUACACUAUGACGAGUUUCGAAUGGUAAAGGAGCUGAGAUCCUCUGGGUCUUUCUAUGGUAAAGAUGCAGAAGUGGAUGAUGGUGCCAGAAUUGUUAAAUCCGAGGCAACAAUCUCACAAAAAGCUCCCAGUGUUAUUAUUGGCUCGGAUAGAGAAACAGCUGAUGGUGAUCCGGAUGCAAUAUCACCGGGAAAGACAUCUUUGUCCUCUAGUUGAUUCAAACCUCAGAAUGAACCAUUUGUCACUACAGACUACGAUGUUACUAAACUCUGUAGCAAACACAAGUUUUAACUACAGACUACGAUGUCACUAACUGAUAUGAAUUUUCACUAAAAGUUAUUAAUUAAUGAUUGGUGUAAUAAGUUUAAUAUGAAAAUAAAUACUAGUAAUAUGUAUCCUCA